CAAAACACAAACUCACUCACUUCCUGUUACCUCUAGCUCCUAAAGACAGGGCAGAAUAAAAUAUAUGAGAAACAAUUAAAUAAAUAAAACACGCGAAAACAUACAUUUUCAAAAGAAGACUUGUUCCGCCUACAGUUUGAACUACCGUUAACGUACUGGAGGCAUUUGCCAUUAUGUGUCUCCAGCUUUAGCUAGCUGGGCUAACUUAGCUUGUUCUUUGCCUGAAUCUCACAAGAGUCCAACUCCCUUUUGUCUGUUGUCGUGAAUUUGAGGUGUGUGUUAACCCUGAUCCCGCACCGCUUCAGCCUGCAUCGUGCUGAGAUGGCAGGGCGAAAAAGGAUGAAGAAGGUUGACCAUGAAAACCAAGGGGAUGUGAAGGUUUGUCCUGCCAAGCUGAGGUCCCUUCACUGUGAAAAUGCUCCUGGUGCCGAGACGGAGCAGCUGAGUCCUUACUUCAAAAAGCAUCAGCAGCACAGGCUGGGAGAGGAUUUUUUCAACCAGCCCUGCAUUAGUCUGGCUAAAGCAUUCCUUGGCAAGGUGUUGGUUCGCCAGUAUGUAGAUGGUACAGAGCUACGGGGGAGAAUAGUGGAAACUGAAGCCUACCUUGGAGGGGAGGACAAAGCCUCUCACUCAGCGGGGGGCAAACGCACAGAGAGGAACACAGCAAUGUUUAUGAAGCCCGGCACAAUCUAUGUGUAUCCAAUCUACGGCAUCUACCUCUGUAUGAAUGUGUCCAGUCAAGGGGAGGGUGCUGCUGUGCUGCUGCGCUCCCUUGAGCCCCUGCAGGGUCAGCCCAUCAUGAGGCAGCUGCGGGCAGCCAGACGCAGAGAUGGAGCGAAGCCGCUGAAGGACAAAGAGCUCUGCAACGGGCCUUCAAAACUGUGCCAGGCUCUAAAUAUACCCCGCUGCUUCGACCGUCGAGAUCUAGCCUCAGACCCGGAAGUGUGGCUGGAGAAGGACCCCCAAACAAGCAUGCCAGAAACCCAUGACUUGGUGGCAGCGUCCCGCAUCGGAGUAGAGUCCCAUGGCGAAUGGGCCACCAAGCCCCUGCGUUUUUAUCUCCGUGGCCAUCCCUGUGUCAGUGUAGUGAACAAAGAGGCAGAAAGACAGGCUUUGUCCACGUCUAAAACGAACAAUUUGGAUUUCUCAGAGGUACAGUCUGACACAGGACAGCACAAUGCCACCACAUGACAAACAGCUGAAACUGCUCUGCCAGCUGUACCUCAAAUGGACUCAACAGUUUAUAUUUAUUUCCCAUCCACUUGGCCAGAAUUCUCUGUAGAUUCUUACACAAGUACUAAAAAAAAUUGUACCCCCCCAAAUAGUCGAGAGGAGUGAAUAACUGCCUUAACUGGUUGUCUGAUUGUAAAUGAAAUCUAAUUUGCAUGAGGCAUACUAUUAAAAAUUUCUCAUCCAUUUUGCAUGUUGUGCCAUAUCCUUAGACAUUUCAAGAAAUUUAUGAAAUGAAGACAAAACACUUUUCAUUUAUAAUGUGGUCAUACCUGAUGCAGCCCACACUAAAUGUAUAAAUGCCUGUUUUCACACUACACUUUUUAUACUGUUAAAAUGUUGGUGCUACUCUGAAACAUAAGUUAAUGAUAACUGAAAUAAGAGUUGAAAUACCUGAGUUCCAAAAAGUAGCUUUUAACACUUUCUAAAUCAAUUUUUUAAAUAAAAAUUCAUGCUUGGGAAAUUCUCUUUUC